AUGGCCUGGAAACUCAUAGAGGAAAGAUACAACAACCCAAGGAUGCUGUUCAAUAAACACAUGGACAAUCUUCUCAAUUUCACCAAUCUGAAUUCUGAAUCAGCAGGAGCCAUAAAGAAAUUACACGACACUAUUAGGGAAAGCACAGAAGCCCUGAGAAACAUGAAUAUAAACAAAUGGGAAGACAUAUUUGCAUAUAUCAUGCUAAGAAAACUGGAUUCAACCACAGCAAAUCUCUACGAGCAGAGUGUAAACAAGCCACGAGAUAUUCAGCACCUGGAUGACCUCAUCAGCAUCCUAGCUCAACGUUUCCAAACACUUGAAGUCGUCAGAACGAAUACAAAAAAACCAGAAAGAAAGUACGAUGAACACCAGAAAAUAAACAGUCACCUCCAGAGAACCACAAAGUGCAGCAUAUGCAAUAAUCUCCACGAGAUCUACAGAUGCGAAAAAUUCAAAAAUCUUAGUAUGCCAAAAAUGCAACGGUCGCCACCGGUCGCCAACAUGCUCCAUCGAGAAAAGCGAAAUGAUGAUACAAAAAGGACACAUCCUUCCAACCCCACUCAAGAAAGGGUCAAUUCACAUCUGGGACAAGCAAAGAACAACCUUCAAGAAUCAAAGACCUCAGUGAUAGCAACCGCCCUCAUCAGAGCCACCAACAAAAACGAUGAAAAAAUAACUCUAAGAGCCCUGAUUGACCCAGGAUCACAAGCCUCUUUCAUCACAACAGCCGCAGCUCAAGCAUUGGGAAAACAAAAAAUCAAACAAAACGCUGAAAUAACCGGCCUAGGAAAUACCGCUACGGAAUCCAGGUGGAAAAUAAAUACGAACAUUACACCCAACUUCGACAGUGAAUUUGCGAUGGACGCUGAGCUCAAUGUAAUAGGCAAAGUAACAAAUAAUAUGCCAUCCACUCACCUUUAUACCAAAAUCAACUGGGAUAAUAUACAACUCGCAGAUCCAUUAUUCCAUGUACCAGGUCCAAUCGACGUUCUACUCGGAAUUGACUACUUCCCCAAGUAUAUGAAGUCGGGAUUCAAGGCAACAGAAGAUGGACUAGUGGCACAAAACACUCAUUUCGGAUGGAUUAUUAGCGGAACCGCAUCAUCGAGUCCACAACUUCGUGUAGCAAGCUUGAUCACGAAUUUGAAUGAAAAUUCACAACUCACAAAAUUCUGGAACAUCGAAGAAGCAGAAAAUUCCGAGGAAACAACAAACGACGAUACUUUCGUCGAAAAAUUUUACUCCAACACCUUUCGACGGGACGAGCACGGUUAUACUGUGAAACUUCCAUUCAAGAAAAGUACAACUCAGCUAGGAGAAUCGAAGCAGAGGGCACUGGCACGACUAUUUCAAUUGGAAAACAAGCUGGAUAAAGAUGAAAAGCUUAGCCCUAUGUAUGAAGAAUUCAUGCAGGAAUACAUUGCGCUAGGUCAUAUGAAAAUUGCUAGCUCAAAUAAUUCAGCGAAGAGGUAUUAUAUUCCACAUCAACCUGUAUUGAAAGAAGAACGUGAUACGACAAAACUAAGAGUCGUAUUCGAUGCAAGCGCAAAGACAAGUACCGGACUCAGCCUAAACGACAUUCUUCACACAGGACCUAAACUACAGCAGGAUCUCAUAGAUAUUCUGAUAAGAUGGCGAAAACACAAAAUAGCCAUAACAGCUGACAUCGAGAAAAUGUAUAGGCAGGUGAAAUUGGACACAGAAAACCAGCCAUUACCCUCUAUACUCUGGAGAAACACCAAAGAUGAGCCCUCGGAUGAGCCAAUUCAAACCUACGAAUUAACCACUGUAACCUACGGUACAGCACCAGCAGCUUACCUGGCCAUAAGAACAAUGAGACAACUAGCUAUAGAUGAAAAGAAAAACCACCCCCUUGCGGCUGAAAUAGUGCUACGGGAUUUCUACGUGGACGAUCUUCUGAGUGGCGCAGACACUAUUGAAGAAGCACGAUAUAUACAAAAGGAAGUAACUGACCUACUCAAAAAAGGAGGAUUCAAUAUAAGAAAGUGGAAAUAUAAUGUACUGACCGAAAGCAAAUCCACCGUCACGCUGGAUGACAAAAAUGUACCAACCAAGACGCUCGGUAUAACAUGGACUCCCAGAGAAGAUAAUAUUCAGUAUCUAAUAAAACGAAACUCCGAACAUCGGUUAACAAAAAGAAAAAUCUUAUCAGAAAUCGCCACAAUCUUCGAUCCUCUUGGAUUAUUAUCUCCAGUCAUUAUACAGGCGAAACUGUUAAUGCAAGAAAUAUGGAAAACCAACACAUCUUGGGAUGAACCACCACCAGAGCACAUCAAGAACACCUGGAAAAACUUCAGAAACGAGCUUCCAAAAUUAGAAGAAAUUCAAGUUCAACGCUGGAUUCACCUACGGCGUGGACAACCCUUGGAAAUACAUGGAUUCUCAGAUGCAUCCCUGAAAGCAUAUGGCGCUGCAGUAUACAUAAAAACAACAGACACAAAUGGAAACACCUACGUGGGACUCCUGGCUUCCAAAUCAAAAGUAGCACCACUAACAAAUACAAAGACAAUCCCGCAGUUAGAACUCUGCGCAGCCCUUCUUCUAGCCAAACUCAUCAAACGCUGCGUUACGGCCCUGAAUCACAACAAUUCAAAAAUAUUCACCUGGUCCGACUCUCAAGUAGUAAUAUCAUGGAUAAACGCUGACGCUGGAAAGUGGAAAAUGUUCGUCGCAAACAGAGUUCGAGAAAUCCCUAACCUGCUAGGUCAAGGUCACUGGUACUACUACCGUUGGAAACAAUAUCACUUGCAUUCAGCGAUAAACUCCAGCACGAACAUCGUAAUAAUCAUUGUCAUUGUUUUACUUAUUGUUUACUUUUUAAAACAUAGGAAACAACAACAAGCACCGGCUGAUGCACACGCGAGCAAUAGACCAUUCAUCCUGAGGAGAUCGAGCUGCAGCCAAUAUACAAUGAUCGCAGACCAGGCAGCCAUCUCCAGGGAUGACAACCACCAACAGAGACAUCAAGACCCCAACCACAUCACCAUGGCCGCCGGGAAUAUGUACGAAACUUGUUCAAGGAACGAUACAGGACCCUUAUAUUGGGGAAUCAUCUCCCAUAGAUAA